AUGCCACCAUCAAGUAUUCUUGUUAAUACAGGAAUACCUUCUUUCUUUUGGUCGAUUUAUGAACCACUAUUUCGUAAUCUAAGCGAACAUUUGCAUGUCGACAUGGCCAUCAUUGAUUAUAAUUAUACUCGCCUAUUCAAAUGUGUUGAUCUAUGGAGAACCGAACAUAUACGUCGUUUUAAAAAAGAAUUACAUGAAGUUACACUUGAUCAAAAAGAAUUCGCGAUUGCACUAGAAUUUUAUUUGCAAAUCGAUGUUGAUUUAUUUUAUAUGAAAACAUGUUCAUUUCGUGGAGCUAUACAAGAUAUAUCGAAUAAGUAUCUUUUUUGUACUCAUGAACCUCGUGCUCGACAUAAUAUGGCCGAAUGUGGAAAUUGUGGCUUGUGUUAUCCAAAAUAUGAUUAUAUCGGUGAAACAGGCCGUACACUUUACGAUCGUAUUCAAGUCCAUCGGUAUCACGGUAACCGUAUAAUGCACGAAUGUUUUAUUGGUAAAGAGAACUUCAAAAUUGCCUAUCCAAAUGUUGUAAAAUCAGACGAUACCAAAUCAAAAGAUGAUAUGCGUCUUUAUCGACAUUCAACAGAAUGUCCAUCUGCUAUUCAAAUGUUUUUGGAUGAAAAUCCACUAUAUUGGCGCUUUAUACCAUUCUCAAAUGAUGAAGUAAAUCAAAUUGAUCAAAGUAUUACUAUGGCAUCAAGAGAUAUCUUAGAUAAAGAUGAUUUGCGUGAGGAUAAAGAAAUUCAGAAGAUGCUCACUAAUUUGCCAGCACCACCACCAAAUUAUGGAUUUUCACAAAGACAAUAUCACCAACAAUAUUCAUUUUUUCAAACGAGAAAAGAUCAAAAAACAUUAUUUUAUAAGGAACUUGAUCUAUAUAAUGCAAAAAUUAUUGCCGUUUUACCAGAGGAUGCCUCACCAGUAUUGCGUCGGGUUAUUGAAGCAUUGUUUAUUACACAUGCUGAAACAAAAUUAAAUUCGACUGGUCAUUUAGUUAGUCGCAAUCAUACUAAUACUGCUGUUGCUAGUCCACCAGAUCCUGUAUGGUGUGAAGGCCUUGUUCGACGACCAAUACCAACGUUCAGUAAAACAAUUGAUAUGAUCCAACCAGUGUCAAAAAGAACAUAA